CUGCUUCUGUUCACACUGAACCUCCUUCCUUCCUUAUCAUUCUAAUCGCUCACUUCACUUUCUCCGCUUAUUAAUUGACCUAACCCAACACUGGCUAACACUUUUCGACAACUUGCCAUGCCACAGUGAAGUGACUGAAACAUCAACAAUGCUCCAAACAACCUGCAUUUUGCUGCUCUCAGUCCUCACCUCCUUUUCACCUCUUGCAACUGCAAUGCUCAACCUAACUCUUCCCGGAGCACACCCAGACCCAGAAGCUGUUGCCCACGAAGUUCAUAGGAAGGUUAAUGCUUCGAUUGCAAGAAGGGAAAUGCUGGCAGUGUCAGAGAAAGACGAGUCAUCGUGUUUAACGGGUAACCCCAUCGAUGAUUGUUGGAAAUGUGACCCAGAUUGGCCCAAUAACCGGCAGAGAUUAGCAGACUGCGCCAUUGGGUUUGGUCAGUAUGCCAAGGGAGGGAAAGGUGGUGAGUUUUAUGUUGUCACUGACUCCUCUGAUGAUGACCCUGUUAACCCAAGACCUGGCACGCUUAGAUACGCAGUCAUACAGAACGAGCCACUGUGGAUCGUGUUCCCUAGUAACAUGAUGAUUAAGCUCUCUCAAGAGCUUAUUUUUAACAGCUAUAAGACCAUCGAUGGACGCGGCGCUGAUGUGCACAUUGUCGGAGGAGGCUGCAUUACUUUGCAGUAUAUAAGCAAUGUUAUCAUACACAAUAUUCAUAUCCAUCAUUGUCAUCCCUCAGGGAACACCAACGUUCGAUCAAGUCCAGAGCACUACGGUUUUCGGACAGAAUCAGACGGUGACGGGAUUUCCAUAUUCGGGUCAAAGGACAUAUGGAUUGACCACUGCACGCUAUCACGGUGCAAGGAUGGGCUCAUAGACGCGGUGAUGGGUUCCACCGGAAUAACCAUCUCCAACAACUUCCUCUCCCACCACAAUGAGGUCAUGCUCCUUGGCCACAGCGACGACUACCUCCCGGACUCAGGAAUGCAGGUCACCAUCGCCUUCAACCACUUCGGGGAGAAGCUCGUCCAGCGAAUGCCGCGGUGCCGGAGGGGCUACAUCCAUGUGGUCAACAACGACUUCACUCAGUGGGAGAUGUAUGCCAUUGGGGGCAGUGGUGAGCCCACCAUUAACAGCCAGGGCAACCGCUACUACGCACCACAGAACCCCUUUGCCAAGGAGGUUACUAAGAGAGUUGACACACAACAGUCCAAGUGGAAGGGAUGGAACUGGAGGUCUGAGGGUGAUAUUCUGCUCAAUGGAGCUUUCUUUGUUGCUUCUGGGGAAGGACUUGAGGUUAAGUAUGAGAAGGCAUACAGCGUUGAGCCUAAGUCUGCUGAUCGCAUUACUUUUCUCACCAUGUCCGCAGGUGUUCUUGGCAAUGCUAGGGAUAACAACCUUGGAAUGUGGAGCAGAGGACCUGGGGAUGAUGCUCCCGAUUCCAGCUUUGAAUACACCGAUGACAUGUCCUUCACUGCAACGAUGCUUCUGCCAUCUUUUCUUCUCUUGUUCUCUUGCACAAUACUGUUGACGGUUAUUCUAUGACAAAACUAACCAUUUACUGAUCUUGCGUCCGCAAUGUAACGAGACGCUUUUGUUUCAUUUCUCUUCAUUGGAAUGAAAAUUGCCUGUCCUCAAGUCUAUCAAUGGAUCAGGCAAUCAUUUAAGACAGUA